UCGCUGUGCCGGUCAAUUCUAAGACUUUUAUAUGAUGGGAAAUCCAGCGCGAAGACUCCAUGAAGACCCAAAUGGCUCGUAAGACAUCAUGACUGAGAAGACACGGGCGGGCAGUGGACAAUUCUUCUAAGAGUGUUCUUCGAGGAUGGGAAGCCUCCGUUUUCUGCUCCUUCUCUGUAUUUCGUUGGGCCAUGUGGAGUCCACUGUCUACCGCGACAGCAACCGGAAUCAAGAUCACUCCCCGGGGGCAAAUUAUCUGCUAGAUCCCAUUCACAGUGUGAUAAUAAGCAAAAGAGGCGCCAAUGUGACGCUACCAUGUAUCCUAAGAAGUCGACCCCGGAGCUACAAAGUUAAAUGGAGCAAAAUGAGCCCAGCAGACCCCCUGGAAAAGCUUAUCAUCAUCUCCAACGGACAGCAGCACAAGAAUUACGCUGAGCUUAGAGGACGGGCUCGCCUGAGACGCGGUCACAGACUGGAUGCCUCUCUGGUCAUCACCAAUGUAACAUUAGAGGAUGAGGGAAGGUACAGAUGUGAGCUGGUGAACGGUCUGGAGGACCAACAGCUGACUUUAGAGUUACAGCUCGAAGGAGUGGUUUUUCCAUAUCAGUCCAGCGGAGGUCGUUAUAAAUUUAACUACGUAGAAGCCCGUCGAGCCUGCGAUGAACAAGAUGGCAGGCUGGCCACGUCUUCUCAGCUCUACCAAGCGUGGACGGACGGCCUGGACUGGUGUAAUGCCGGGUGGCUCCUGGACGGGACUGUUCAGUACCCCAUUAUUGUGCCACGGGAGCCCUGCGGGGGUAUCCUUCCUCCUGGAAUCCGCAGCUAUGGACCCAAAGACAAGAUGAAAGACAGAUUUGAUGCUUUCUGCUUCACUUCUGCUAUUAAAGGGCGUGUAUUAUUCAUACAUGGUCCCUUGACCUACAAAGAAGCGGCCGAAGCCUGCCUGGCCCACAAAGCAGAAAUGGCAAAGGUUGGACAUCUCUAUGCUGCAUGGAGGUUCUCUGGUCUGGAUCACUGCGAUGGAGGCUGGCUCCUGGACGGGAGCGUUCGUUUUCCUAUUACCGAGCCCCGCUCGCGCUGCGGUGGCCUGCCGGACCCUGGGGUGAGGAGUUUUGGCUUUCCUAAUCGGGAUCAGCGUUUGUAUGGAGUGUAUUGCCACACACCGAUGUAA